GACAGAGGGCAUCACGGGAGCGAUCUGCUGCCACUUUUUUUUUCUGCUGCUGCUUGUUCUCCGUCAUCAGUCGCUUCCUCCGCCCAAAGCCAUAUCCACACCCACAUCCACAUCCACAUCCACAUCCACAUCCACAUCCACAUCCACAUCCACAUCCAUAUCCACAUCCAACCGGGCUUGCACUUGACAAUGGGACGGUCGGGCCGCCAGAACAGAUACUACGGAAGCAAGCAGCACCACCACCACCACGAUGUGCAUCCUGAGCCGAGAGAAGGCAGUCCCAGCCGGGAUGAUGCCGAAAACGACGAGCAGACAGUUGACAUCCCAAUGCCACUAGCGAUGUGGGACUUUGAUCACUGCGAUCCGAAACGAUGCUCCGGAAAGAAGUUGGUUCGCAUGGGCGUUGUCAAGCAGCUGCGAGUCGGAAACCGCUUCAAGGGCAUUGUCAUGACCCCGACAGGUCAAAAGUCAGUCUCUCCCGCCGACAAGAAUAUCCUGGAGCAGAACGGUCUCUGUGUCGUGGACUGCUCGUGGGCCCGCAUCGACGAGGUCCCAUUUGACCGGAUCAAAUCCCCGCACGAGCGACUAUUACCCUACCUCAUCGCUGCCAAUCCGGUGAACUAUGGCAAGCCCUACAAGCUGAACUGUGCAGAAGCCCUGGCUGCGGCACUUUUCAUCUGCGGGUUGGACGAGUAUGGUCAUGAAGUCAUGAGCAAGUUCAAGUGGGGCCACGCCUUUCACGAACUCAACGAAGGACUGCUCGAGCGGUACAAAACCUGCACCGACUCGGCCGAUGUAGUUCGGGUGCAGAAUGAUUUUAUUGCAACCAUUGCUGCUGAGCGACAAGAGCGCAUGAACGAAGGCGAGGCGGGGCUUCAAGGCUCCAACUACGGCAGCACUGAUCUGCCUGAAUACGAAAGCGGUGAAGACGAAACCCAGGAAGAGCAGCUCGUCGAUCGUCUGGGGAAUAUUAUCCUGAAAUCGGAUGAUGACAGAGCCAGCCCCAAAGUCGACCGCUUCGGCAACACCAUCGCCGAUGAUGACGAGGAAGACGAUGAAGACGAUGAAGAGGAGGGAGAGGAAGAGGAAGAAGAGGAGGAGAAAGAAGAGGAGGAGGAAGAAGAGGAAGAAAAGGAGGGAGAGGAAGAGGGGCGGAAAGCGCCUUCGGCAAGAUCAUACUCUCAACGACGUGGAGGAGGCCGCUCUGGCUAUCGCGGCUCGCGUAGAUAGUCGACCGCGACGGUCUGACUCGAUGUACGCCGAUGGGCUCGGCUAUGGU